AUUGAAACCAAUAUUCCUCUGCUCAUAAUCAAUCUAUUGAUUGAUCGAUCGAUUGAUCCGUCGAUUUCUACUCAUUAAAAUUUUUUUUGUUUCGCCAUUUUUCCUCCCUCUUCCGCUUUGCCCUUUGCUAGUCUCCUCCAUUCUUGCCCUGUCUGUGUUGUCUGUGUUGUCCUCGCUUGCUUGCUGGCUUUCCAUUCUCGUUCCUGCGUUGCGACCGCCUUUUUCGUCGCUCCCAACCAUCGACACACUCGACUCACGGCUCCAACAAACAAACCUUCCCCUCACUCAACCUCGUUCCACCAUCGUCAGACGUUUGACAGUGUUAGCGUAUAGUUGCACCACGCUGAGAAUUCUACAGCUCCUCAGAAACAUAUAUUUUCACGCUCGUUCAGUGGGUCAUAAUGGGCACUGUGAGUGAGCGUAAUCGUCUUCCCACUUUGUUCGAGGUUCUCAGCAGGAGAACUUUGCCGCCCGUGGAUUUGUUCUCGUUUUACAUUUACAUGAGGGAUCAGCAACGCUCUGUGGAUUAUCUAGAUUUCUGGCUCGACGUCGCCCAACAUAUUUCGCUCUGCCGACACUAUGUCCGUGAACUCCGCCGAAGUGUACUGGUCUCUACGCCCGAUCUGGACAAAGGCAGCAAGCGGUCUUCUGGAGCUCCAGAAGACCUCUUAGUUGAUGAGAAUUAUGAACAGAAGAGUGAUGACCAACGGCUCUCCGCUUUCCUCCGCUCCGAAGGCACGUCCGAGACUCCCGUCCGCCGCUCCGUGGGCGACACGCUGGAAACUCCAGGAACAGGUCGCCCAUCGCUCAUGUCCUCCUCCGCCCUUGAUCCCAAUACAGACUCAACCUCCCCUGGCCACACGGUUACAAGGAAUGAUCUACGCGCUUCUGCUGAAAAGAUCCUAUACACUUUCCUUUUGCGGGGCGCUGAGCGCGAGAUUGUCCUACCGGAAGUUAUCUUACAAUCUAUUGCUAAUGCGAUUGAAGUGGAGGCGCGAGACGAUCCCGCCAUAUUUGAUGAAGCAAAGGACUAUGUUUUCCAGGCAAUGGAGCGGGACGCCUUCCCAGGAUUUUUGAGAGCAAAAGCCCUUGGAAAUCUCGUACCCCCUAGUGCUACCCUACGUUUGAUCGUAGGCCUCCUAGCCAUGUUUGGUGGUUUCUGGGCAGCUUUUGCACUCAUCUUCUUGGACAUCAAGCCGAAGAGCACUAGAUUAUGGCUUAUCCUCCCUUUCUCAAUCGGCAUCUACUGUCUCAUGGCCCACCAGUACUCCCUAGAUCCCAUAAUGGGCCUGAUAGGCAUUAGCGAGUACACCCUCAUGUCUUUCACUCGCGUCAAGGAACCUUUCGUCCGUCGCUUACUCAGCAAGCGCUCUUUGUGGAUCCUUAUGCUUACUAUCCUCAUGGUCGCGGCGCUGACGUGCUUGUAUGUGUUUGUGCCGGGGAAGAGGUUAUGAUCGAUCGGUUGGCUUAGUUUGGUCGGAAUUUCUUAGGUCUAUAUCAGAAUUCUGUCUCCGCGUGUUGGUUUGUUAGCAGGGGGCUCUUUAUCGUGAACAAUUAUUUUUCCUUUUUUUUCUUUCUCCUGUGAUAUCCUGUCCUACUAAAGCCCUUUCAUCUGUUGAGGGUGGGUUAGUUAGUGUUGAAUGAGCGAGUGCGGAGUGGGGGAAGGUUUGUGUUGUAAUAUCUUUUUUUUCCUUCUUUUCUUCUCGUGAGGGUUUGAUCUACUGUUUGAUAUGCAGUCGGAAUUGCGGGCUGUGGGUUGAUAGAUUGAUGGUCAGCAAGGAGAGUGCGGUAGAGGGGUGUCUACGUAGCAUUAAUCGCCCUUCUUUUGUUAUCA